UCCUGCCAGAACCUCUCCCCUUCCUUCACCAUCCUCUGCACCAAAACCGGGCUCCUCUUCGUGCCGUCCGGCAUCGACCGCCGCACGGCCGAGCUCCGCCUGAUGGACAACUUCAUCACCGUCCUCCGCAAGCGGGAUUUCGCCAACAUGACCCAACUGAUCCACCUGACGCUGUCGCGCAACACCAUCAGCCAGAUCAUGCCUUACGCCUUCGCCGACCUCAGGGGUCUCCACGCCCUCCACCUCGACAGCAACCGCCUGACGUCCAUUAACGAGGACCACUUCAAGGGGUUAAUUAAUUUGCGCCAUUUAAUCCUCAGCAACAACCAGCUGAGCUUCAUCUCGCCCAAAUCCUUGGACGAUUUCUUGGAGACCAUCGAGGAUUUGGAUUUGUCCUACAAUAAUCUGGUGGACGUCCCGUGGGCGACGGUGGCCAAGCUGUCCAACGUCAACACGGUGAGUUUGGAUCACAACCUGAUCGAGUUCGUGCCCGAGGGGAUUUUUUCCAACCUCCACAAGCUGGCCAGGUUGGACAUGACCUCCAACAAGUUGAAGAAGAUCCCGCCGGAUCCGUUGUUCUCCCGCAUUCCCGUCUACGCCAAAUCCAAAGGUUCUCCGCUGAGCUCCCUGGUGUUGAGUUUCGGCGGGAAUCCUCUCCACUGUAACUGCGAGCUGGUUUGGCUGCGCCGCCUGACGCGCGAGGACGACCUGGAAACCUGCGCCUCGCCGCCGGAAUUGAUGGGAAAAUACUUCUGGAGCAUCCGCGAGGAGGAAUUCGUCUGCGAACCUCCCAUGAUCACCCACAGGACGCCCAAACUCGCCACGGCCGUGGGUCAGAGCGCGUCCCUCAAGUGCAAAGCCGUGGGAGAUCCCGAUCCCUACGUGCGCUGGAUCGCUCCCGACGGCAAGUUGGUGGCCAACACCUCCAGGACGGUUUCCUACCAAAACGGGACUUUGGAUAUUUUGGAAGCGGCGUUGGGCGAUCAGGGAACCUUCACCUGCAUCGCCUCCAACGCCGCCGGCGAGUCGACGGCGCCGGUGGAGUUCCGGGUGACGGCGGAAGGGAACGGGACGGAGUGCGAGGAUGAGGAGGGGGGGAAAAAGGCGGGGACGGGCGGGCCGGAGCCGUCGGAUAUCCUGAUUUCCGCCAAAUCCAGCUUUUCCAACGAUUCCAAGCUGGAAAAGGGGGAGAGGGGAGGAGGGGUGGUGGUGGCCGAGGUGACGGCGACGUCGGCGUUGGUGAGGUGGCCGCCGCAGGAGGAGGAGCUGGAGGGGUUGAGGAUGUACCAGAUCCAGUACAACAGCUCGGGAGAUGAGAUCCUG